GCAAUGGAGCCACAUUUUCACUCGCACUCGCACUACAAUUUCAUCACUCAUUCUCAACCAUUCCGGUGCGUGAUCGCCCCAUCGUUCCCUCUCCCUCUUAAAUUGCUUCGCCGAUUUGGACAUGGCGGAAAAAGAUUCGCUCGACGAGUUUCUCGAUGUCGCAGUUGAUGUAGCUAAGAAAGCUGGAGAGGUUAUUCGGAAAGCAUUUUACCAGACUAAGCAUGUGGAGCAUAAAGGAUCGGUGGAUUUGGUCACAGAAACAGAUAAAUCUUGUGAAGAUCUUAUAUUUAAUCAUCUAAAAGAUCGUUUCCCAAGCCACAAAUUCAUUGGAGAAGAAACCACUGCUGCCAAUGGUGUAACUCAGCUGACAGAUGAACCAACUUGGAUAGUUGAUCCUCUUGAUGGAACUACCAACUUUGUCCAUGGGUUCCCCUUUGUGUGUGUUUCUAUUGGUCUUACUAUUCAAAAGGUCCCCACAGUUGGAGUUGUUUACAACCCAAUCAUGGAUGAGCUUUUCACUGCUAUCAAUGGAAAAGGUGCUCACCUUAAUGGAAAUCCUAUCAAAGUUUCUUCUCAAUCUGAACUUGUCACAUCCCUCCUGGCCACAGAGGCUGGAACCAAGCGCGAUAAAGCCACUCUGGAUGCCACUACAAAUCGAAUCAAUAGCUUACUUUACAAGGUGAGAUCAAUCAGAAUGGGAGGCUCUUGUGCAUUGGGUCUCUGUGGGAUUGCAUGUGGAAGAAUUGAUCUAUUUUAUGAAUGUGGAUUUGGUGGACCUUGGGAUGUUGCAGCAGGGGCUGUGAUUGUUAAAGAAGCUGGUGGUCUCAUAUUUGAUCCAUCUGGUAAUGAUUUUGACAUCACUGCUCAACGCAUUGCAGCUUCAAACCCUCUGGUGAAAGAUGCAUUUGUUGAGGCAUUACAACAAUCUGCUUAAAAAAAAAAAGAUCGAUUUUUUAGCAGUUAAGUUAUCUUGAUGCUUCUUAAGAUCUAUUCAACUGAUAUUCUAUUUCUACCUAUUUGCAUUUAAUUGUUUCUUUAGACUUGUUAUAUGUCUGAUAAAUAGAUAAUUUGAAUGAUUUUUGGAACCACAAAUUUCAAUAUAUUAUGGAAAGUUUUAUUUGGGAAAAA